AUGCGCUCGACGCUCGCCCUCCUCUUUUUUACAACUUUUGUAGUGUCCGUGUAUGGAGCAGCCAUAGAAGGGAAAUCUGUCUUGGAUAAUGAAUCGGCUCUUAAGCGUGAGGAGCCACAUGCAAUUGGAGCGGCCAGGCAUUUGGACGCACGGCAUGAAGUCACGGCCGACUCUAUCAUAUCUUUCUAUGAGAAUGAAGAUGAUCCCGAUGCUAUAUACUCUCAGUGA